AUGGCGCGCGAUGAACCAAACCACAAACCCGGUCCGACACUGCUGCCGGGCCCGAUAGCCUCUACCAUCAGUCUCGCGACGCGCUCAACGUCACUCGCCAUUCGACUUGGCUCUCUUGUUAGCGGAUAUGGACUCGACGCCGCGCGUUUCACAACCCUGUCCAGUCUCGAGGUAGCCCGCGGCCUGGUCGAGGUUGUUCUUACGCGCGCCGGCAGAGACACCCUAGAUCACGCAAAGAGCACUCUAGCUGCGGCGGAUGCAGAAAAUGUACUCGAGCGCAGCUUGGAGAGCCUCCAUUACGCAGUCAUACAAGUCGCCUUUUGGACCUCGGCCAGCUUUCGUUUAACCGGAACUACCCUCUCAUUGGCGUCGGAUACGUCGCAGCUCUUCCUUUCCUCCCUGGAUAAACUUCUUGGGUCGACAGAUUCUUCUCGUGCCGUCGCCAGCAUCAUUACACUCAUGCGCCACGAGUUUCGCAAUCCAGUCACAGGAACCAAGGGAGAGCGCGUCGGUGUCCUCGACUUGACACUCGCUCUGAGUGCCUUGGCAUACCUCCAACAAGCCUGUCGCAAGCUGCCCGAGGAAGAAACCCGCCGAAAAGCGUUUGAAGAGGUCAUUUGGGAUGUGGUUGUACUCAACGACGGCGACCGCGUCGACAUUGACGACGAGAUGGCUCUGCAACGCGGAUAUGCACCAGCAUUUAGCCAUGAGGCAUCCCGGCGAGGCUCCCAGGAUGAAGAGGAAGCGUUGUCACAGUUAAAGAGUCACAUUACAAAAUCUCUUCCACCUGAAGCAAAGGUGACCAUUUUCAACUCUGUCACAACAGUUCAGACGAUUACCGUUGAAGUCGAAGGUUGUCUACCGGUAUUACCAACGCCCCCCGGAGCCGAGAUUAUCGAGACCAGUACACCUGGCUCCCGAUCAAAACGCCUUUCUUAUCCAGGUCACGAAAAUGACGGUCCUUAUCGAGUCGUGUACAGAAUAGAGAGGGACAAAUUCCGGGCCAUGACUCUGGAAGGAGGCGACGACGCGGAAACAGGAUCAGUCCUAGGCGAAAUUGACAGCGACAAGGAGUCUUCGUCUACCCCGAUGCAAUACGACCCAGCCACUGGAACAUUCAUGCCUGCAUCAGCUCCGUUGCCUCCUCCAAAAGAUGCUGAAGUUCCCAAGCCAAGUUCGCCAACUGCUUCUCCCGACAAAGACACUGCUUCUCUCGACAUGAACAUUGCUUCUCCCGAAAUGGACAAGAAUCGUCAAGGGUCGAAAACAAUCCAAGAUCGCAAAACUGAGCCUGCUGCAAACCAGAAACGUCAGAGACAGCCUGCUGCCGCGGCAUCGUCUGAGAAAGCAAAUACACCAACUGCCAGAAGGCCGCCGCCCAAGAAGAAGGCAGACAGCAUCGGGCGCUCCACGGAUAAAAAGGUUGGACUGAAACAGGCUCUCAAAGACGGGGGCCAGUCCCUCUCUAAUAUGUGGAACAAGGAUGGCAAUGAUACUGGCGCAAGACCAAGACCUGCUAGUAGCCGCGCUGAUUCAUCGCAAAAAGUGACGGCGCUGCACAACCGUCCCACCAAAGCGUCGCAAGAACGAUCCAUUGCGAACCGAAGAUCUCUCGCCACUCCAGAGCCGUUAAAUCGAAGUUCUUCGCGAGCCAGCUACAUCUCACUUGCCGAUAGACGACAGCCCAUUUCCGCACAAGGUGGCUACCCUGUCAUUACUGGCGGAGUGGCGCCACCUUCGCCGACUCUCACGAAACAGGAUUCAGCAUUUGCAACAGACUCGACCAUUCGACCCCGCCGAGGCUCGCUUCUCAACACCAACAUUCCAGCGUCUCCGAUGAGGGGUCAUCGCCGCAGCGGAUCAUAUGCCCCCAGCCUGUAUAGCCUCGCAACAAACGACUCCCAGACCUCUCUCGUUCUCUCUUCGUAUUACAAGAAGAGUACUUACAGCACCGCCGACGCGUUGCACACUCUGCGCCGAGAAGGUUUCGUGGAUGGCACAUUCCCAGAGGGUCACCUUCUUCCCAAUAUUACCAGAUAUAUGCGCUUCUCCUCUGCAUGCUACGGGUCUCAUUUUCUGAAGUUCCUCGGAAUUUCCAAGGACAUGCCGAAAUUGACGAGCUGGGACGGAACCCAUCAAGAUGUGCGCCACUUUGCCCAUCACACUGAAUCAAACGCCGGAAAUAUCUUGCUUGCCUCGUUUGUUGAUCCUCAGGGAGGAUCGGACUCGAGUGGCUCUACUGGCACCGGAGUGCCGCUUGUUCAUUACAUAUCGCUUGAUCACGAAGCCAAGGCUGUUGUUCUGGCCUGUCGCGGCACGCUUGGCUUUGAGGAUGUUAUGGCUGACAUGACUUGCGACUAUGACAACCUCGUCUGGAAGAACCGAUCUUACAAAGUGCACAAAGGCGUGCAUGCUUCUGCACGUCGCCUGCUAUAUGGCGGCGACGGCCGCGUUUUGGUGACACUCAAGGAGGCACUUGGCGAAUUUCCCGACUACGGUCUGGUGCUCUGUGGCCACUCUCUCGGAGGCGGCGUAACAGCUCUUCUCGGCGUCAUGCUGGCCGAAGCAAAUCCCAACGGCCCGGGCUUCGUCACGGCUCCCGAAGCCUCCUUCAGAAAGAUGCUCACCGAUAGCACUGCCAAAGACAGUAAAUAUAACAACACAUUUAUCCCCGCCGGACGACGCAUUCAUGUCUACGCAUACGGCUCACCGGGCGUCAUGUCCCCGAAGCUCCGCAAAAUCACCCGCGGUCUCAUCACGACCGUUGUUCACGGCGACGACCUCGUCCCGCACCUGUCCCUUGGCAUCCUGCACGACUUUCAGGCCCUCGCCCUCGCUUUCAAGAACAAGGAGAACGCGACCAAAGCCGACAUCCGCAAACGUAUGUGGACCGCCUUGCAAAACAAUCUGACCGAGGCAUGGCAUAGCAGCAGUGAGUCUCGCGCCGUCCCCGGCAACGACGACGAUAAAUGGAUGCUCCCUGCGCUGGCGGCUCUUCGCGAGACUUUUACGUGCGAGCGGCUUGUGCCGCCGGGCGAGGUGUUUGUGAUUGAGAGCUACCCUGUGCUGCGAAGAGAGGCUUUCCUGCUGAAUGGCGAGGGCUUGCUGGGACGGCCGGCGACGAGGGUGAUUUUGAAGUAUGUGCGGGAUGUCGAGACGAGGUUCCUGGAGCCAAGAUUCGGCACGAGCAUGUUGACGGAUCACAGUCCGGCGAAUUACGAAAAUGCCCUGAAUAAGAUGAGGUUGGGCGUGGUGGACUAA